AUGGCAAAACGCACUCUUGAUGCAUUCUUCAAACCAUCAACCACCCCUCCAAAACGUCACAAACCCGAACCAGCCGAGUCCAACAACCCAGAGACAAACAAUGUCCCAAUAGAAGACACCAAACCCCCAAGCCAACACCCAAGCUACCCAAUCCCAAUCGCCCAACUCCCCUCCCACAUCGAAGCAGGCCUAGAACAUUCAACACCAGCAAGCACACCCCGCGAAAUAAACAACCAACCACACCUCGACCUCCUCCACUUCCAGCCAUACAUCCCCCGCCCAACAGCAAACGAGCUAUUCAAAUUCCUCCGCCGCGAACUCCCCUUUUACCGUGUCCAAUACACAGCCCGACGCGGCGACACCGAAACACAAAUCACCACACCGCGCUGGACAACCGUCUUCGGCGUCGAUGAAACAUCAACAUUCACCCAAGACAAUUCAAACAACCUCGCUCUACUAGAAACAAAGACCAAUACCCCAAUCCCGAAAACAAAAUACCAAUGCACGCCACGCCCAAUACCAGCUUGUCUGGAUCUCCUACGGAAACAGGUCGAAGCAGUAGAUAAUAAAACCGGCUACAAUUUCUGCUUGGUAAAUUACUACGCCGGAGGAGACGACAGCAUCGCAUUCCACUCUGAUGACGAGCGUUUCCUCGGCCCGGAGCCGAAUAUCGCCUCGCUGUCGCUAGGCGGCGAGCGGGAUUUUCUAAUGAAGCAUAAACCAUUGGCUGGGGGGAAUGUCAACCAAACGGGUAGAUGCGUCCCUGCACAUGAAAUGACCGGGCCGGAUGGUACCGGUGUGACGCGGGCGAGUCGUACAGUUUCGGGUGGGACGUCGAGUACGUUGUCUGGGUCCAAAGUUGCUACGGUGCCACAGCAGAUUAAGAUGAAGCUUGGGUCAGGCGAUAUGGUUAUUAUGCGUGGGACGACGCAGUCGAAUUGGUUGCAUAGUAUUCCUAAACGGAAGGGGAAAGCUGGGGAGGCGAUGAAGGGACGGAUUAAUAUUACUUUUCGGCGGGCUGUUGUUCCUGGUGGGACGAACAAUUAUUAUCAUUAUAAUGUUGGGAGUGGGGGAAUGUAUCGGUGGGAUGAGGUAGCGAGGGAGAUGGUUCUACAAGACGGGAAGGUAGAGAGAGCUACACAGUAG